GUUUAUUCCCAACGCAAACAUUUAGAUAAAAGUUUUCCAUCGUGUUUUUGUGCCGUUUACAUUUGUCAAAGAAAGACAAAGCCAGCGAAAAUUGCUUUCUUCCAUGAAUAACGUCAUGUAGCUUCCUUCCGUAAAUGACCAAUCAAAAACAGGAUUUUUCGCGGAAACAAUUGGAAUCACGCGAAAUAUGCUUUGAUCCGUUUUUUAUCCUUAAGAAGAAAGCAGUUGCGGUUUUAAUGGCAUAGACUUAGACUUCACCGAAUUCCGCAUCACUUAUUCCUUAAAUGUGCUGAAAACGUCAGUAAAUAUUCAUUUUUUCCUUUUUGUUACAGAAGAGGGAAAUUCAUUAGCAGAAGAAGGACAUUCAGCGAUGUCGCAAUUUGGUAAGUUUGAGCGUUUCAUACGUAUAGAGAUAAACUAGCGGUUUUGAUGAUAUCUCGUGCGAUAAGAACUGACGAGAGCGUAUAAGGAAUAACUCAGCGAUAAAUGAAAAUAUGAAAAUUUCAAAUCUGGCAAGAUAAAGAAGUAAUAACUGCAGCAAAAUUUGACAAUUGUUUUGCCCAACGAAAACAGUCUACGACAUGUUCAAAUUAAGUGGUAUAAUUUUUCCUCCUUCGCGCUUCGAAUAACAAAGGUGGCAUUUUACUACGUAUGGAGAAAAGAAAUAUUAUGCUAUUAAAUAAUAUGUUAAUCGGUUCCUAGCGUCGAUCUAUUGACAGUUGACUUCAGGUAGGUUUUUAAUUGACACCGGAAAUUUUCAGUUCCUACCGACGUUUCUGUUGAAUAGAUAUUUGGUCUAAAAAAACCCUCAUAAUUUACAUUUUUGUUUAUAGAAAGCUUACGAAAACCUCCCAAAACUGCCAUUCACCUUUGGGAAUUUUUACUCAAUCUCUUAUUGGAUGAAAAGAGUGAUCACAUGAUAUGCUGGACCAAUCGUGAAGCAGGAGAGUUUAAGCUAAAAAACCAGGAAGAGGUCGCAAGGAGAUGGGGAAAUUUGAAACACAGACCUGGCAUGAAUUACGAUAAACUAAGUCGAGCGCUGAGAUACUACUACCAGAAAGGAAUCAUCAAGAAGGUAAUGUUCUUUAUUAUAAAGAGAAACUACCAACUCCUUGCAGUUCUAAUCUCUUCCAUUCUCAUACAGUUUCUCAGACCUUGUUUGUUUUCCUUUUUUAAGGGAGCAAACACAAAUUUUCUCGAGCAGUUGUAACCCAUUUUAAUGUCCUUCAUCUUUUAAAACCUUUUUCCCUUUCAAUUUUCAGACAAAUUACUUUUGACGUGCAUAAAGGUUUUCCUGUAACAAUUAAACUUUUCGUGUCCCAAAAAGGUGAAUAGUUCUUUGUGAAGGGGGAAUUUAUUGUUUAGAUGAUCACAAAGCUGAUUAAUGGCAAUAACGUGCAGACCGGAAAGUUCCUUCUGGUGGCCUGACAGACUUUUGAAUCCUUUGCCUUUGGCAAGAGUUCACAUUUUCAGCGAAAAGAUAACAAUAUUUUCUUUAUUUUUUUUGUUAAGUGGGAUCUCUUUUUGGUAAAGGACAAUUUUCGUUUCUUCCUUUGUCAGGUAAAUGGUCAGAGACUUGUUUACAAAUUUGUCAAACCGCCUCUCGGAAAAGAGAGUUCUCCCUCGCGAGAAGUUCCCUCAAAAAUGCAAGCACCGAUUGGAGAGGAUAAAGUAAAAGCUGAAGAACUAGCAGAUGGGAACAGUGAUUCCCCCGUCGUGCCUUGCGUACGAACCAACGCAGGAACAGUACCUCAGAAUACGCUCACAACCACUUCGAUGGGUUUCCGAAUCAUUCAAGCCCCAUUAGUCGCUCCAGGUCAAAUGACAUAUCCACUCUCUCUCUACCCAUAUCUUGUUCCUUGCGUUAUCCCAGCGUGCCGUCAGUUUGGGGUCAUCAAGUCAUAGACAAUCAUAAAUAGUCCUCUUGUUAUUGUGUGGUACUAGAAAAGAUAAAAAAAAUCAGGAAGGGGAAGAUUAUUUGUGACUUGGAAUUUCUUCCUCCUCCUCACUUCGCUUCGUUCUUUUCCAUUUUUUUCCGAAUUUAAUUGUGCCUAGUUCAAGGAAGAUUCGAGACACCUCUAAGGCAAACAUUCGUUUAAAGUGUUAUUCUCAGUUUACUGUACAUAAUUCUCCGUCACAUUCAAAGAAAGCAUCAUCGUUGAACAAAAAAAACAAAAGAAACAAAAAAAAAAGAAUUAUCACGCUGCCUUUAGAAAGCUGCUUCAUUUCUCCAAUUGACAUUGACGGCAGCUGUAAAUAUGAGUUCCAGUGUACAGUAUCAAUUUGAUAAGAGUUUAAAAUGUAUUGACAGUUUUAGCUGUCGUUGCAGGAUUUUUGCUUAUAAUUUAUACUAAGGAUUAUAUCAUAUUUAGAUAGUCACGUCAUGUUCGUGAUGUUCGUGGCGGGAUUAUGUGACGAGUGUUGCGUGAUUACCCCUAGAUUACUGCCAAGAAUGGGAUUAGCGCAGUGUUGUUUUGCUAAGGGGCAAAGAGUGAAUAUUGUCAUAGGUGUGAGUUUUUAUUUUGUACAUAAUGAUACAGGCUUUAGAUAGCCUCUUAAUAAUUUAAAUAAAUUUCACGCCAACUUUGAGAAGAGUCCGUCUGUAUCUCUAUAUUUUCAGUCUUGGGAAAGAAUGGGCUAAUCUCGUAACACGCCUAUCACAACUGAGCAUAAUGGUUCAUGGUGUGACGCGUAUCCAGUCGACCUUAUUGUCAGAAGAAGACUGGUAGUGUAUAGUCGGAACGACGCGAUCCACAUCGGACAUAACAAAAUCCCUACAAUAAGCGACCAGGCUUCACUCUGAGUAUAUUCACUAC